AUUAAUCCCCAGUCACGCUAUCUCUUGCCUCUCUCUUUUCCUCUGUUUUUGGCUUUAUUCUCUCUCUCUCUCUCUCUCUCUCUCUCUCUCUCUCUGUGUGGAAGCUAGCGAGUUUUGAUCUACAAUGGCCAGGAAGAGCUUCGUCACCUUGAUUCUUUUCGCUCUUUUUGCCUGUUCCGCUUUAGCUCAGGCCCCUGGAGCCGCGCCCACCGCUUCACCGACGAAGUCACCUUCUGCUGCACCGGCUCCCAAGACUGCAGCUCCAACUGCUGCUCCCACUCAUCCUCCGACUCAAACACCACCUGCAUCGGCUCCUGCUCCUCCCACUACGAAUGUCCCAGCGGCAGCCCCAACAUUGACUCCUACCAGCUCGCCUCCUGCUCCUUCUGCUCCGACUCCCAGCUCAGGUCCAUCAGUAGCUGUUCCUCCGAAUGCAUUGACUCCUUCUGCUGAUACUCCGUCAGGGAAUCCUUCCAACGGUGCUGGCUUGAAUAGAAACAGUGCUGCUUUGGCCGUUGUUGGAGCGGCUUGUGUGUGGUCUUUGUUGUUGUAGAUCUGAUAUUCAGGUUUAUGAGUCGCUGAUUUAGGAGUUCAUUUCAUUUCAUUUCAUUUCGUAGGAUUUUGAGUUUUAUUUUAUUCUUAUCUUUUCAGUUUUUUUUUUUUUUAAUUUUAUUUUACUGCCUAUGGCUAUGGUCGACGGUGAUGGCCGCGUUCUUUACUUUUGACGGUUGAGAUUUUAUUUUCUCUUAUUUGUUGUUAUUAUUGGUGAUUAUUAUGAAUAUUUUUUUUUAA